AUGAAAGACAAGUUAGUCAAUGGACCAGACGGCAACAAGAUCUUGAUUGACUCACCUACACCUUCAGAGCUACCUCCACCUUAUCCUGACUCUGACCAUCCUUUAACAACAACAAACAUACGAAAUCAGUCAAGAGAACUGAGAGAACCAAGUAGUAGUAGUAGUAAUGGUGGUAUCAACAGACAACCAAAGCCGAGAAGAGUGAUUGGCAAUUACACCUUGUCUAGUACUAUUGGAGCAGGAUCCAUGGGUAAAGUGCGAUUAGCCAUUCACAAUACAACCAAAGAAAAGCUUGCUGUCAAGAUUAUUCCCAAAGUAAUACUUCAAAGAGACAAGAUGAAGGAUGAAAAUAGAGAAGCCAGAGCGAUAAGAGAAGCAAAUAUUCUAUUACUUUUACAUCACCCUUAUAUCGUCAGUUUGAAGGAAAUGGUUGACAUGGAUGAUUUCUAUUAUCUGUUUAUGGAAUAUGUCGCUGGUGGUCAAUUGUUGGAUUACAUUAUUUCUCACGGUAGAUUGAAGGAAAAGCAAGCAAGACGAUUUGCCAGACAGAUACUCAGCGCUCUCGAUUACUGUCACCGAAAUUCCAUUGUUCACCGAGACUUGAAGAUUGAAAACAUUUUGGUGUCUCAAGAGGGCAAUAUCAAAAUCAUCGACUUUGGAUUAUCCAAUCUAUUCUCCACCAAAUCAAACCUGAGUACAUUUUGUGGAUCACUUUAUUUUGCUGCACCUGAAUUAUUGAAUGCAAAGGCUUAUACUGGCCCAGAGGUUGACGUCUGGAGUUUUGGUGUUGUCCUCUAUGUCUUACUCUGUGGUAAGGUGCCAUUUGAUGAUGGCAAUACAGCUGCUUUACAUAAGAAAAUCAAGCGGGGUGUUUUCGAGUUUCCAUAUCAUCUUAGCACAGAGUGUCGUGCUAUCUUGUCCCGUAUGCUCGUCGUCAAUCCAGCUCAUCGUGCAACAGUCUCAGAACUCAUGGUUCACCCUUGGAUGAACAAAGGUUAUGACUGUCCAGUAAAGAAUCAUUUGCCUGAUCGAUUACCGCUCUCUUUACCUAUCAACAUGGACGUUGUUCGACAGAUGACAGGAUUUGAAUUUGGUACGGAAGAGCAGAUCAAAGAAAAACUCGAGGCUAUUGUGACAUCCGAAGAGUAUCAAAUAGCUUCUCAGACUGCAUUCGAACGUUCUAUGGAAGUUCAGCGUAAUCAUCGACAGAGUCAGCUUUAUUCCUAUUGGCACCCAGUUAAAUCUUUCUCGCUACCUAAUGAAGAUCCACAAUCUAUUCCAGCCGCUUAUGAUCCUUUGAUCUCAAUCUAUUAUUUAGUCAAGGAACGUAUGGAACGUGAAAGACUUGAAGCUGAAAGACAGGCUGAAGAACAAAGCCCUACAUCCCCUGAAAGAAUUCACAAACCACUUACGGAAUAUAUUCAACAUCAUAAUCACUACAGUUCAGAAAAGAAGUCGCCUCAUCUUGAUUUCGAUUUGGAUACAGACGAAGACAACAAGCAGCACAACAUCAUCAAUGCGGGUCUUACCCGUUUAUUUUCAAAGUCAUCCCGAAGUAAUAAUAACAACAACCGACAGCAUUCCGAUGAAGGAAGCUCCACAGUUCACCCCACGGCAUCCAUCAGCGCAAAUAAUAGACCUCAUACCCAUCAUAACCAUAACGGCAAUAAUAACGAGCAAUCAACAAACGAGAAUGUCUUUCGCAGGCUUAGUGUUGCACUGUCAAGAAAUGAAAGUCGACCGAGAAAGGCUUCGGCCACUACUGCUGUUGCUGCCGCCCCUGUGCCGAUAACAUCACCAUCAGCUUCUGCACCACCAGCACAAGUGCCUGAUUCCACAUUAACAACACCGCUGACUCCUAUACACAUUCCAUCUAAUAGCAACAAUCAUCCAACUCCAUACCUCUCACAGUCAUAUGCACCUUAUCCCAACAUGCUUUCACCCAAGCCUGCAAAGCCUCGAAUAGCCGGCGCGAAAACCCCAAUACCUCCGGAUGAAGACAUCAAACCAGUCUUUCUCAAGGGCCUCUUUUCUGUCUCGACAACGUCCACAAAGCAUCCUUCAGUCAUACGUGCAGAUCUCAUCCGUGUCCUAGAACGUAUUAGUGUCCGCUGGCGGGAGAGUAAAGGACGAUUUGAGUGCGUACAUAUGCCGAGCAUCGACCUGAAAAAGGUAGCAGAAGAAGAUCAGGCUGUGCCUGUUCCAGAUCUUGUUGUACGAUUCGAAAUCUACAUUGUCAAAGUACCGUGGCUUCUUGGUAUGCACGGCUUACAGUUCAGAAGAGUAGGUGGCGAUUUAUGGCAAUAUAAGACGAUGUGUAGUAGGAUUUUAGCAGAGCUAAAGUUGUAA